GCUCCGCUCGGGACGCCUCGGCUCGGCUCGGCUCGGCUCGGUUUGUUUUCAUCCCGCCCUCCACCGGAGCGGAGCGAGAUGAUAACCGGAUCGCGCGGCGUUUGGGUGCUUUGGCGUCGGACAGGCUGGACCGAGAGGACCGGGAGCACCGACCGGGACGCGGAGCGAACCGGGAAAACGGCGUCAUUUCACGGGGCUUCACAGCCGAGAGGCCCCGGAGACACACCGAGCGGUUCGUUGCAUCGGAGCCGGGCUGCGGUGGACUGCUGGCGGCUGGAGCUCCAGCCUGUGUCCCGCUGAACGGCGGAGGAUCUGAUCCGAGAGCUGCUGGACAGACACCGACUCACGGACAUGUACCAGGUCCAGGGGACAGGGGAAAGGGUCGUUGCCAUGGUGCUGAAGGAGCUUCCUGGUAAAAAGGCAUCCUCAGAAGGAAACCCCCUCCUCACCGUGACAACCAAGCUGGUCCGGGAGCAGCAGGAGAGUCGUCCCCUGUUGAGUCCGUCUAUCGAUGACUUCCUGUCGGAGAGCCGGAGCGACGCCCCCUGCAGACCGCUCACCUCCAACACAGCAGUUCUGUCCACAGCUCUGGACCUGGUGGACCUCAGUGAACCGGGAGAGAGCAGCGGGGGCAGUAACGGGGGCAGCAGUGUCGGGGGCAGUAACGGGGGCAGCAGUGUCGGGGGCAGUAACGGGGGUAGCAGUAGCAGCAGCAGCAGUAAGGAGCAAAGGAGGAGCCCUUUGAGGAGGAAGACCAGCUCCAGGAGCCCUCGGCGCCGGACGAGACCUGAUGAGACCGAGCUGAUCCAGGUGGAGGUGGAACACCUGCCUGGAAGUCCAAGAACACCUGAGAGGAUCUCACUGGACUCAGUCAGUCUGUCGUCUCCUCUGGACAAAUGGGACGAGGUGAACCUGGACAUGGACGACGGAGGACGCAGGAGACACGAGAAGAGAUGCACGUCCCAUCACUCGUCCAGUGAGCUGCUGUGGUCUGCAGAGUUUAAAACCGACCCGCUCAGCAAGAACAGCUUCGACAUCCACAGCUUCGACGAGCUCGACUUCAUCAGCCAGGACUGUGGGGCGUCCAGACGGAGACGGACACGUUCCCUGCUGGCCAGGAAGGAGUCUCUGGAGGACGAGUUUGUCAGAGCGAAGGCUGCUGUGGAGUCGGACACAGAGUUCUGGGACAAGAUGCAGGCGGAGUGGGAGGAGCUGGCCCGGAGGAACUGGCUGGAGGAGUCUGAGGAUCCGGGUCCGAUCCCGCCCAGCGUCACACCUGCAGAGAAGGGUUACUACUUCAACACCAACAACCCGUACAGAGACUGGCCCAACGCCUUCGCCGAGGGUCAGGAGAAAGGCCGCGAGGGAGACCUGAACGCGGCCGUGCUGCUGCUGGAGGCCGCCAUCCUGCAGGACCCGCAGGACUCUGAGGCGUGGCAGGUUUUAGGGAUGACUCAGGCUGAGAAUGAGAACGAACAGGCGGCCAUCGUCUCUCUGCAGAGGUGUCUGGAGCUCCGCCCUAACAACCUGCCGGCUCUGAUGGCGCUCGCCGUCAGCUUCACCAACAGCAGCAUGCAGCGGGAGGCGUGUGACGCUCUGCGCCGGUGGAUCUGUCACAACCCGCGGUACAAACACCUGCUGCUGGACCGCCGCAGCCCGCUACAGGGCUCCCCGGCCACGCCGCGCAGGGGCCCCCACACACUGGCCAGGGCCGAGCUGCAGGACGUCCUGCUCCUCUUCCAGGAGGCGGUUCUGUUGAAUCUGGACUGUGUGGAUCCGGACCUGCAGACCGGGCUCGGAGUUCUCUACAACCUCAGCUCGGACUUCAACAAGGCGGUGGAAGCGUUCACUGCAGCACUGACCGUCAGACCACAGGACUACCUGCUGUGGAACCGUCUCGGCGCCACGUUGGCGAACGGCGACCGCAGCGAGGAGGCGGUGGAGGCGUACACGAGAGCUCUGGAGCUGCAGCCCGGCUUCAUCCGGUCCAGAUACAACCUGGGCAUCAGCUGCAUCAACCUGGGCGCUCACAGGGAGGCGGUCAGUAACUUCCUGACGGCGCUGAACCAGCAGAGGCGGAGUCAGCGCUGCAGCCACCAGCAGAUGUCGGCUAACAUCUGGGCGGCGCUGCGGAUCGCCGUCUCCAUGAUGGACCGACCCGAGCUGUUCCAGGCCGCCAGUGUCGGAGACCUGGACCUGCUGACCAGGGCGUUUGACAUGGGCAACGUCUGACGGUGGACCGGGCCUCCUGCUCGUCUGAUUCGGCGGAGGCGGGUCGGACGGUUUGGCGUGAAACCAAAGACACGGCGAUUAAAACAGCACAACCCUUUAGCUUCCUGCUCGUCAGCGAGGUCGGCGCCACUUCAGGUCCUUACAAGUCAACAGACCACACCCACCUGUGAUGUCACAGUGUACCGGAGUACAAACACUUCCUGUUUAUUUACUCAUGACUUCCUGCUCUAAUGUUUCACAAUAAAAGUCAAAGGACAAAACCCUCCCCAUGCUUUUAAUGUGAAACAUCAGCAGGAAGUGUUAAUGUCACGUGACAGCGCUCACAGGAAGUGGCCUGCCAUUGGCUGCAGCUCUCCUCUCGUCUUCCCGCUAAACAUGACCGUGAUUGGUUCAAAGAGGUUUCAUCAGUUUGAACGUCCGUCACCACGGUAACGCUUUAAAACUUCAAAUAUUAACGUACGUAUAAAUAAUAUUUAAAUAUAUAAACGAAUAUUCAUUUAAUGAAACGAGCUCAGGGAGGAAGACUGCAGACGUUCUCUGAAGGUUCUCUGAAGGUUCUCUGAAGGUUUCUUUCUGUCACUUCUCCUUUGAACCCUUUAAAGCCAUAUAUGGUCGUCAGAUCAUGUGACCUUCAGACUCACCUGUUCUUCGUCACUUUGUUUUCUUUUGACGGUCUCCUGUUUCGUCACUUCCUUCCUGUCGUUGGCUCUCAGGUGAAUCGCGUGUUAACGAGCACAUUUUAACGUUAUAAGAACUAUAAACGAACAUUAGUCUAACGUAUCCUGUCACUUAAUCAACACGUACUCUGUAUUUUAAACGUUCAUGAACGUUCUCUCAGCGUUAAUCCUCUAGUAAUCAAUCGUUAUUAUAACGUUCAUGAUUUAAUGUAGAGCAACUCAACAAACAGCACAACGUUCAGAACAGGCCCGGUUAUCCUUAUGAGCUUCUGGUCCACAGUCAGCAGGGCUCUCUGAGGUUCUGGUCCACAGUCAGCAGGGCUCUCUGAGGUUCUGGUCCACAGGCAGCCUGGUUCUCUGAGGUUCUGGUCCACUGUCAGCCUGGUUCUCUGAGGUUCUGGUCCAUAGUCAGCCUGGUUCUGGACAGGAAACUGAACCUCUGCAGACUUCAUUUAAGUAAUUUUAGCUCACAGAACACAGACGGCUCUGGUCCAUUUAAUGUUGGUUCUGAUCCAAACUAACCUGUAAAAAGUUUUACAGUGACACAAACAAACGGACUGAUGGACUGAUGGACUCUGGACCAGAACCUCAUCAGCCAAUCAGAAUGCAGUAUCCAUCCAGACGUGUUGUGAUUGGUCGGUAGGUGAGCGUUCCUCUGCAGCUUCAUGAAUCCUUCAAAUGUUUCUGAAAUAAAGAGCUGAACCAGAA